AUGAUAUUUAUCGUUGGAAGUUCUCGGCAACGAAUCUGCUAUCCUACUUAUAUUAUUCAAAAUUUUGAGCUCUUAAAGUUCCCGUGGCUCCUGCUGGAAAUAUCGGAGUUGUUUCUAUUCAUUAUAACACUAUUUUAUUCCAUAAAAUGCUCAUAUAUCGUGCUAAAAGUUCGGACGUUUCACAUGAACUUGUCUGUAUUAACUGUGGUGCUCAUUGUGCAAUUUAGUGAGAUUUUGGUGGCCAAGGUGUGCAGUUGGCCAUAUGAGACUGGGUUUUGGAGAUUGCGAGGAUUAUCAAACGCAUCCCUAACCAACACAACAUUGAAGCAAUGGCUAACUGAUGAUGAAUCGGAAAUGAUUGAAGUUAUCGAUUUAUCAACUGAUUUUCCAUUUUUCUUCUCAGGAUAUCUAAAACUCCACUAUGCAAUUUCAGUUUCCAAUAUAUUUUUGGUGAUCGCCGUAGAGAGAUCGUUUGCCUGCUACUUUUUGAAUGAUUACGAGAAAAAGUCGAGAUUUUGGAUUGCUGUGGCCAUAGUUUUGGUAGAUCAAAUGUUCAAUUUAGUAGUUGCAUAUUUAUUUUUCCUAUUCUAUUUCUCAUUUUUCUACAUGAUAUUGAUUACUGCCGCACCGAAUUUGGUGGCGAUUACGCUGCUCCUCUACUCCCGCCACUACAACCUGAAAAUCACGCGAAUCCACGAAGACUACGCUCACCAGUCCAACUACACCCUGGCGGCAAGAUUUCAGGCCAAAGAGAACGUCAAGUGCUUUAACAUGAUCCGGAUGGUGCUUAUAUCUUUAAUUGGUAUCCUGAUAUUCGGCUUCACCACCUGCUUCGCCUUAUACUUUAAUAUAUUCCCGCAAGCCGAUUCUCUGCUGAACCUCUGCAUGCAAGCAGUUAUAAAUCUAUCGGCUUUGGUGAUGUGCCCGGCGAUUCUAUAUUCUGUGGAUUCUUUUCGGAAUCAUACGUUUUUAUGCAAAAAAUUGAAGAAAAAACGAGAAAAUACAUCUAUAACACCACAUGUUAGUACGGUGAAAAAUUUGGAGCUGAUGAAGGAAACGGAAAUUCAUUUUAAUCAGUUAACGAAUACAUGGAUUUAAUUAUUGAUUUAUUGAUUUUU